AUGGAAUGUAAUGGAAAGGAAGGAAUACGCGGCCAGCAUGGCACAUGGACCACGGGGCACACUGAUUCAGGUGGUAUCAACCAAAUUGCUCCAACUGAUACUCCUCUCCGUCAAUAUUUGGAUGGUAGUGGAAUUCGUGCAAUAGGAGCACAAUGUGUAUGUAGUGGUGCAUUAGUAUGCAAACAGGAGGGAAUCAUUAAUGGAAUUUGUGCACGACGAGAAGUGAUAGAAAUGGAAUCUGAACCAUCUUUUCCAGCUGAAAUGAGGGAGUUGUAUAAAAUAGGUCCUAUUUCAUGA